AUGCGCGCGCUGCUCGCGACGUUCUCGCCCUCGCCGCUCGCGCCGCUCGCGGCGACGCCGCCGCCAUCGCGUCGCCGCGCCGCCCCCCGCGCCGUCGUCGCGCGGAACUCGGAGUCGCGCGCGACGUCGCAGAUACGACACCGCUCGAAGGGCGGCGCGGGCCCCAGGAACGAGCGCGACGCGCACCUCACGGAACCCCCCGUCGACGCCGCGCCGCCGAAACGCGUGGAGACCGUCGAGACCGCGCUCUCGGACGGCAAGCACGUCCUCGUCGCGCUCGACCGACGCGGCGCGCGGAUGUAUCGCACGACGACGAAAGCCGACGGGCGGAAGCCGACGAAGUUGACGCCGCUGGUGCGAUACAACGCCUCCGAGCACGUCGACCCGUUCGACGGCGCGCCCGCGAUGAAGGAGAAGACGACGAAGAAGUCCUCCUCUCGCGGCGGCGGCGCGCCGAAGAGAGCGCGCGGCGGCGAGAGAGAGAGCAGCGGCUCGUCGUCGGACGUCGGCGGCGGCGGUCCGUUGACGGAGCCGACGCUCCGCGGCGUCGUCGCCGCGUUACGGCGCGUUCUAUUUUCAAACUGGUCCCCAUACGACCGCGUUCGCGUGGUGCACGCCGUUCCUUGA